GCUAUAGAGUAGAGGAAAAAAAAGAAAGGGCUCUCUCUCUCUCUCGCCUCUAUCGGCGCCUUGACGGUGCGCGCAGCGAUUCCAUCGUCUCCUUCUCUUUUCCUGGAAUCGAUCGCCGCGCACUGAAAUCGUGGCGCUGUGACGACGCCGAAUCCGGGGGGACGCGCAGUCUUGCAUGAUUCUUGAGCGCCGCGGCGGGAUUGAAAGCGCGCAAGAUUUCGCCAUUCCAAGAGGGGAGCCGAUCAAGAUUGUGGGAAUUCUUGUUCCAGCGUUUGCUAUCGGCCGCAAGAACGCGUGGAUGGAAAGAAGCAUUCCAUCGGCGGGCCUGUGAUUGAUUGGUGGCGAGGGUUUAGAACAGGGCUCGCAAUCGCUUCGCGGCCGCGGCUAGAAAGCUCCUAGAUCUCGUGCCCGGCAUUGAAUCAAGAUCGCAGCGACUCUGGAAGCCAGAAUCCCGCAGAAAAGAAUGGCUGUCCAAGCGCAGUAUCCAUCCACGAUCCCGGUGGCCGAUUUCCGCGUGAGGGCGAGGCAAGUUUUCGCUGCGAAUGGAAGCAAGAAUCCAUUCCCCUACAUCGUGUCGGGGACGCCGCACGAGGAUGUCCAAUUCCAGCUCAUGAGCGCCGCGCCCGGGGUCGUGAACCAGAUCGCACACAUGAAUUCAAUUGCAGGAUCAGCGCCAGUCCAGCAAAGUGGUGCUCAAUUCACGGACGAGUUCGUGUGUGGCAUCAAUGGUUCCAACAAGAGACCCAGGCAAUCGGAGUUUCUUCCAGCGCAUCAGCACCAUUUACAGCAUCAGCAGCAGCAGCAGCAGCAGCACCCACCAUCGCAGCAGCAGCAGCAGCAUCAACAGAUUGUCCAUGACUUUCAUCGUCCGUCCGUGUCCACGAUGCCUGUCUCUGGCGCUCCCAAUACCGGAGUCUCGACAGGCCUCCGCCUGGCCUUCCCGGACGACCGCUUGUCAAGCACAGCACCAUCCGGUUGUGGGAAAUUAGAGCUCAAUUCCACGACGGGGCUGUCGAUGCUGGUGGAGGAGAUUGCGAUUGAGCUGCAGCGGCAAAGAGACGAGAUCGAGCAGUUGAUGCGAGCUCAGGAAGAGCAAAUGAGAAGAGCCAUCGAGGAGAAACAGCAGCAGCAAUCCAGAGCGCUGCUGAACUCGGUGGAGCGAUUCGUAGCGCGGCGGCUUCGCGAGAAGGACAUAGAGAUGGAGAAGAUCAACCGCAGGAACAUGGAGCUGGAGGAGCGAGUGAAGCAAUUGACGGUGGAGGCGCGGCUGUGGCAGAACAAGGCCAAGAACGGGGAGAUGAUGGUGGCGAGCCUCCGGAGCAAUCUCCAGCAGGCGGUGGCGCUGAGCCGCGAACAGAGCAGGGAGGGGGUCGGGGACACGGACGCCGACGACGCGGAGUCGUCCCACCCGGACGACGCCGCGGACGAUCACGCACGGACUUACAAGGAGAACAAGGAGCUCCGGGAGAAGCGGACUUGCAGAGUAUGCCGGUCCAACGACGUGUGCAUACUUUUGCUCCCGUGCAGGCAUCUGUGCCUGUGCAAAGAGUGUGAGGCGCGCUUGGACACUUGCCCGCUGUGUAGACACUCCAAGAACGCGAGCGUCCAAGUGUAUAUGUCGUGACGAGGGGCCGUCACGCUGGUCAGGCAGGCAGGCAGGCAGGGGGGAUAGGUUCUCACAGGGGUCUCGUCUCACAGGAGGUCUGCAAGGGAUGGAAAACGCAGCAGUGGCUCUGGCACAGGCAGGCAGGGAUUUUCUUUUUGGGGAAGGCAGGCAUGGUUUGUAGCUGCGAAGUUUUAGGCGGAGGAGGACGUAAGUUUUGAGUGUAGUUGUUGCGUGAGAGCUCAACAAAGCAACAAGGCGGCCAAAGCAGGGUGGUGGAGAAGAAUCCGGGCACAGGAAAAGCAAAAAAAAGAAGGAUGGGGAGUGGAAAGUUUGUCCAUGGCAUAAUGUCGUCGAUCGAUUCUUGGAGGUGGUGGUGGUGCUUGUGGAGAUUUGUGGGGAACAGGGACAGAGUAUACAAGUUCUCUCGCCUUUAUUUUUUUCCUGCGGGAAAAAGAAAGGCGGGGCAUCCUCCACAGGCAUCGGCUCGAGUGACGCGACAGGUUUUGUUGCAUCACACAGGGAUGGAUGGACUUGGACUUUUCUUCCUCGAGACUCGAAAGGGAACACACACACACACACACAUACACUCUGGAAUGGUUGGCGGCUUCUUCCCAUGACUCGCUCGAUGCUCUCGGACGAUGGAUCGAUGGAUCGAUCGAUCGAUCGUCUUCGUUCGUGAUCGUGAUCGGGAUGCGCGAUGGAUCGAUGGAUCGCUCACCGUCUCUGGUGGGAUUCGGAUGGAGUCGUAGUCAUGGAUGGAUCCAGCCAAGGAAGACGAGGGCAAAGAUGCGCCCAGGAAAAAGUUGGUCGUCGCUACGCAACGCAGCAACACUGUGGAUUGGAUGGAUGGAUGGGUGUGUAAAAACGAAGACGCAGCAGCGCUUGCUUGGAUUGGAUAGAAAGAAAAGAAAAAAAAAAGAAGAAGACGUUUCUCGGCAGAGAAGAGUAGAGAAAGAGCGAGCAAUUUGUCUUCCCGAGUGGAGAAUGUACAUAGGCCGAAACUUUGAUAAUGUGAGACCAUCUCAAGAAAAAAAAUUGGAAAAAUAGCGGAAAGAAAACAAGGCAUCGUCUUGUUUGACUCUACCUCUAGCCGUGUUUAAGUAUUGUUUUGUUUAUUAGCGCUAAUUGGGCUUGUUUAAUUGGGCGGUGGCCUGGCACAUUGCACGAUUGGUUUGUAUUCUUAUGUUGCAACAGGCACCAACAUGAGAUCUGCAAGCAACAGUGUGUGUUUGGGUGUGGCGAUUUAUUAUUAAUAAAAUGCAAAUUAUAUAAA